AUGCCUCCGUCAGUGCCUGCCCACAUCUUCAAUGCGCUCAAACGCUUCACCUCGUGCGAUGUCGGUGACGCCCUCGUUAAAUUGAACGUCACCUACGGCGGCUACCUACACGGUCUCAAAAUGUUCUCUCCCCACCAACAAGCCGGAACCACAAAACUAUUCGGACCUGCAUAUACAGUACAGAUGGUCGAUGCCAACGACACUACCUCUCCCAAACCCUCCCAACACUUCGUAGAUGGGAUUGAACAAGGGCAAGUUGUGUUUAUCUCCCAGCCCAAAGGAUUUUACUCAGCUUGUUGGGGAGGCUUGAUGUCGACGCGAGCGAAAUAUCUGGGUGCGCAAGGUGUGGUUGUGGAUGGCAAUUUCAGAGAUCUGAAUGAGCAUCGUGAGAUGGAAUUUCCAGUCUUCGGUAAAGGCACUUCAGCACUGGGCUCCAACACUUUCACCCGAGCUUCUGGUCUCAAUGUUCCUGUACAAUUUACUUCAGAAACGCAGCAAAGACCAUUGACUAUUCAUCCUGGAGACCUCAUACUUGCAGAUCUGGAUGGAGUAGUUGUUGUGCCUGUCGAACAUGCGGAGAAGUGUUUGGAAAUCUGUGAGAAGAGAUUUGAGAUUGAUGAGAAGACUAUGGCUGCGUUGAAGGAGGGCGAACCUAUGGGUGCCACAUUGGCUCGUUUGAGAAAGUGA